AUGGAUCAUCGGUCUGCGCUGCCAAAUGAAAGCCCAUCGGAUCACGUCCGUUUGGCGCUUCAGCCGCGGGAAGUGAAAUUCUGCGACCUCGCGCCGUCGCUCGGCAGGCGGGCGAUGGAUUCCCCGCCGAAGUACGAAAAACGAGGUUUUCGACCGGCUCUGCAGAAAUUUGCGCACUCGCACGCGGCAAAAGCGACAAAGACGCCACUCACUGAUGGUUUGGAGGCGGAGAGCGGCGACGAGGAGGAGCGACGACGCUGCCGAAGAAGAGGGGGACCUCUCGAGGUGGGUGUAGGGCAUAAUUUGAAGUCACUAAAACCCAAAACGAGAAAGUCCCCGAGGGCAUGUGUUCAUGCAGAGCCGUUGACGGAGCAGAUGCAAAUAUCGGGAAAUGCGCUUUGGGGGGAAGACUGCGGUUUUAGUGCUUUAAAUAGCUUAGCUGUUUUAGAAAAGUACGUGAAGUACGAGCGACGACUCAAGGAGGAACUCUCUCGAACUCAUGCGGCAAAGAUGUUGGCUUUUCGUAAUGUUAUAAUUGUGUAUUUAGCUUCCGCUAAACAAUGUGGGAAACCGAUCUUGGGACGCCGUAGAGCCGGUGCAGAGGUUGCCCUCGCCCAGUGCGCGGUGGUUACGCAAACCCUUAUUGUGACGAUACAGAGUUACAUUCGUGCGUUUCAGUCACGAAAGCAUGCCGUCGUUCGGCGACAUUUUAGGCGUAAUGGUUUGAGUCCUGACCUCUGGAACAAUUCCUCAGAGCGGGCUUUGCAGCUCAAAGAACGUGAGCCUAGUACCGGAAGCGCCCUCUCGGAGACCACUAGUUCGCUUCAGGAAUUGUUGGAUGAGGCGGAAAUUGGCCGUCUUAAACAGCUUUAUUUUGAUUAUUACGACUGCGAUGUGUAUGUUAUUCCAGGAACACGACCCGAUAGCAGUAUCCCAUCAAAUGCCUUGUUGCUAGACUCCCUGAGUGCCCAUGAUCCCUUUUUGCCUGAUACUGACGGCGGGGUGGUGAGGCAUUCAUCGUCCUUGUCAACAUCCAGCAUAUCUUCUGUGGAAUGA